GGUUCCACCAUUUAGCACAACUGGAGCGCAGACCGUCCCAAAGCUUUGCUGCUGCUUCAGUGCUCCAUCACUUCAGUGACUGCUCCUUCGUGUCUCAAUGUAAAUUAACUACGCCGGCGACCUUUUAGGUCGCAUUGUUUAUUACAAAGACAUUUUUUGGUAAACCUUUCGUGUCGUCGAACCAUUUUUCUAUCACCAAGGAAACUUCCAAGCAGCUGUGGCUAAGUUUCCGUCGAGCGGUCGGUGUAGUAAAGAAUGCGUUAGCUCGUUCAGCUAGCAGCAGCUUUCUUCGGGAUUUCCAGCAUCAGGAGUGAGCUAGCACUGAGAUUCGUUGGGCUUUAAAUGGUUUUUGUGCCUCCAAACGGGAUCUGACCCUUAUGGAUUAACCGAACGAUUUCGUCUGGUAAAUGAACGGAGAUAAUCGGAAAAGGUUCAGUUUAAGUGCCUGAGCUGUCGCGAGGAUGAGCAGCAAGCGGAGCUUGUUCGUGCGGCUGGUGCCGUGCCGCUGCCUGCGGGGCGAGGAAGAGCCCAUCACCUCGCUGGAUUACUCGCACUGCAGCCUGGAGCAAGUCCCUAAAGAGAUCUUCAGCUUCGAGAAGACACUGGAGGAGCUCUACCUCGACGCCAACCAGAUUGAGGAGCUGCCCAAACAACUUUUCAACUGCCAGUUGCUUCAGCAUUUGAGUCUACCGGACAACGAUCUAACGGUCCUGCCACCGGGCGUGGCAAACCUCAUCAAUCUCAGGGAGCUGGACAUCAGCAAGAACAGCAUCCAAGAGUUUCCUGAAAAUAUCAAGAACUGCAAAGUCCUGGCAAUAGUAGAAGCAAGUGUGAACCCAAUAUCCAAGCUCCCAGAAGGUUUCACACAGCUUCUCAGUCUGACCCAGCUCUAUCUGAACGAUGCCUUCCUCGAGUUCCUGCCAGCCAGCUUUGGCAGACUGACCAAACUGCAGAUCCUGGAGCUGCGGGAGAAUCAGCUAAAGAUGUUGCCAAAGAGCAUGCAUAAGCUCACGCAGCUGGAGCGCUUGGAUCUGGGGAGCAAUGAGUUCACUGAAGUGCCUGAGGUUUUGGAGCAGCUCAGUGGAAUCAGAGAGCUGUGGAUGGAUGGAAACAAAUUGACGUUUUUACCAGGGAUGAUCGGGGCGCUGAAGCAGCUCUGCUACCUGGACGUGUCUAAAAACAACUUGGAGAUGGUUGAUGAGAAGAUAUCGGGCUGUGAAAACAUGCAGGAUCUUCUGUUGUCCAACAAUGCUUUGGCGCAGCUGCCAGGGUCUAUAGGUUCACUAAAGAAACUGUCUUCUCUGAAGGUGGACGAUAACCAGCUCAUGUACCUCCCUGAUGCAAUAGGAGGUCUUGCCGCUCUGGAAGAGCUGGACUGCAGUUUCAAUGAGAUCGAAGCGCUGCCCUCCUCCAUUGGCCAGUGUGUCAACCUGCGAACGUUUGCUGCCGAUCACAACAUGCUCACACAUAUGCCUUCAGAGAUGGGCUGCUUGAAGAACGUCACUGUGCUCUUCCUGCACUCCAACAAGCUGGAGUUUCUGCCGGAGGAGAUGGGCGACAUGCUGAAGCUCAAGGUCAUCAAUCUCAGCGACAACAAGUUGAGAAAUCUUCCAUACAGUUUCACCAAGCUCAACCAGAUGACUGCAAUGUGGCUGUCUGAAAAUCAGUCCAAGCCGCUGAUUCCCCUGCAGAAAGAGGAGGAUCCAGAAUUGCACAAGACCGUUCUCACCAACUACAUGUUUCCUCAGCAGAGCCGAACUGAGGAGUAUGUGCCCAACUCGGACAGCGAAAGCUUUAACCCGUCUCUGUGGGAGGAGCAACGUAAGCAGCGGGCACAAGUGGCGUUUGAGUGUGACGAGGACAAAGACGAGAGGGAGACGCCCACGCGGGUCAGUUCCCACUGUCCGCUUCUGCCAAGGGAGGGCAAUCUGAAGCGAUACCCCACGCCAUACCCCGAUGAGCUGAAGAACAUGGUGAAAACAGCCCAGUCUGUGGCUCACAGACUCAAAGAGGAUGAGUCCAGCGACGAAGCAGGAAAGGAGACCAGGGUCACGGAGAGAAACCAUAUCGGAGUGCAGGAUGUCGGAGUGAAGGUGAUUGAAGGUCCAUGCGCUAAUGGAAAAGCUGUUGAGAUUGAGCCCUUGAACAGCCACCAAAAUCAUGAAUCACGAGAUGUAGUGGACUACAGUGUUGAAAGGAUCCCUCUAAAGGCAUCAGACAACAUGAGAACUAUGGUUAACCACGAUGACACUCUCGAGGACUCAGAGGAGCUGUCGUCCGAGGAAGACGAAAUGAAGAUGGCUGAGAUGAGACCGCCGCUCAUCGAGAUCUCCAUUAACCAGCCUAAAGUAGUGGCCUUGAGCAAAGACAAAAAGGACGAUGGAAAGGAUGCAGACUCUUUGCUGGAUGACACAGUUGCCAACAGCAACCAGAACAACAGCAACUGCUCAUCACCUUCGCGCAUGUCUGAUUCAGUGUCAUUAACCACAGACAGCAGUCAGGACAACUCCCUCUGCACUCCAGAGAGAGAGUCCAAGAUGCCCCUCGUCCCUAAGAACGGGCAAGAGGAUGAGAACCUGAACCAGUUGAAGCAGACAACCCCACUUCUUCAGAACGGCAACGGUUCAGAGAUGUCCCUGCAGACCAUCCUGAAGAACCAGCAAACUUAUGAAAGCAAAUCGGACAAGAUGGCCGACUACAGCCUCUCCAUGGAGGAGAGGCUUGCCUUUAUUGAGAAGGGUAUUAACAAUGGCAUGGCGGACCAGUACAGCAGGUGGGAUCAGAUCAACAUGAACGUGGCCAAACUACCACCUGACAACAUGUUGUCGUACGAGGACCUGGAAAGGACCAAAGUCUCCUCGGCUAAGGAAUCCAUGUCAAGCAACAACAAUGCCACGGCGGUAUCGCUUGAGAACCUUGAAAAUGGGAAUAGGCUUCAAAAAACCCAGUCGGGGGAGAAUUUUAAUGGACGCACAGAUCAGGUUCCUUUGAGGUAUGAAACCGUUAGGACCGUCUCGACAGGCGUAACAGCGUUGAGCGAUAUGAGUCUUUCUCGUAGCACGGAGGAGCUGUCACCAGAGAAGAAGUGUCCUCCUGUUGUGAAAUCUCAGAGUGUCUCCAACAUGGACACUGGUGGAAUGAGGCUGUACUCCAUCGAGGGUGAAAGCCCCUCAUACGAGGUUGCGUGCUCAGCCAGAACGUCUGUAACCGGUGCUCAAGGCCAGAGCAUCGUUCGAUCAAAAUCCGCUUCUUUGCUUAACGACCAACCUUUGCAGAUCUACCCCGGUUCUUCAGCUUCCUCAUCUGACCUACUGUCUGGCUCCAAACCUUCAGCUAGCACCGUCCGUUACCCUGCUGGGCCCCCGCCACAGUACAACAUUCAGUACGCCAGUAGCGCCGUGCCCAAAGACAAUCUAUGGAGCCAACGUACCCCCAUUCCACCCGAUCAACAGUACCUGCCUCCGCAGCAUUCCUUGGCCAACACCAACUACUCCAACCGCAACAACGCCCCUCCCUAUCCUCAGCCCCAACAACGUGGCCCACCUAAGACCCCAGACAUGUGGGCGAAGGAAAGGAUGCUUCCAUCCGGUGGACAGCGUGGCACCUUGCAAAGACAAGGUAGCGGAUCUGGUGCCCCCGUGUGCAUAACGGACCCACGUCGCAUGCCGGGAAUGGAGGGGGAGUAUAUGACCUACAGGGAUAUUCACACGGCAGGCCGUGGGCCCCUUCAGAUGAGCCAGGCUCUCCACAGACCCCUGUCAGCUCGCACGUACAGCAUGGACAGCCCUAACACUCCCCGGCCUCAAAGCGCCCGGCCCCCACCACACGAGCUUCCGGAGAGGACCAUGUCCGUCAGCGAUUUCAACUACCAGCAUGGCAGCCCCGGAAAACGGCCCAACAUGAGGGUAAAGUCCGAGCACUCGCUGCUGGAUGGUCCGGUUGGGGGAGGCGGCAGGGUUCCAGCCGAUUGGAGAGAUCAUGUCAUGAGGCACAUCGAAUCCAAGAAAAUGGAGAAGAGAGGUCUUUCUCGGUCUUUGGCCACUCUCAAUGGCAGUCAGAUAUCUCUGGCCUUUAGCGUUGUAGACGAACGGCGGUUUGGAUCUCAUUGGGCCAGCGAUGAUGUUUUUAGUCCUCAAGGACAGCAUGGCUAUCAUAUCGACACUCUCAGAAAAGUGCCUUUGAUGAACGGCCAAAUGUGUCCUCCGGGGAGACCUCCAAUGAGCUGCGGUCAGCCACCAGUAGCACGCCACCCCUCCAGAGAGCAACUCAUCGACUACUUGAUGCUCAAAGUAUCCCAGCAGCCCCAGGGCCCUCCGCGAGUCUCCCACGAUGCAAUGCAACAGGAGCUCCAUGUAAAGAUCGAGAAGAACCCUGAGCUUGGUUUCAGCAUAUCAGGUGGAGUCGGUGGCCGUGGAAAUCCCUUCCGCCCGGAUGAUAAUGGUAUUUUUGUGACUAGGGUUCAGUCAGAUGGACCUGCUUCAAAGACUCUUCAACCUGGAGACAAAAUCAUCCAGGCAAACGGGUACAGCUUCGUCAAUAUCGACCACGGACACGCAGUGUCUCUCCUGAAGACCUUCCCCAGCAUCGUCGAUCUAAUCAUCGUUCGAGAGAUGGCAGCAUAGAUGUAUCUGAAUGUUCACCGUCAUAUUCCAGUGCUAUAUAGUCAAUCUGAACAAGUGUUUGUCCACCGUCGGUUAUAAGGGGCAGAACCACUGCAUCCAGUGGAAGACGGACACCGUCUGGAGCAUGCGUCUUAAAGAUUUACGCCUUCACUGUGGGAUAGCCUGUUGGUGUUGUCCGACCAAUAUGAAACCUGUGCUUUUUGUAAAGAUAGUUUUUUCCUUUUUUUUUUAGAGUUCUAGUGGGACAGUAGGUGUAGCUGACCUUUUGAGGGCAGGGCUCUCUACCAUAUCUCACUAUUUUUAAUUUUAUUUUAAAAAUUUUAAAACCACUUUCAUGACCUGUGUGAGAUUUUGAACUAGAGGACAAUGCUACGUGCUUACUGUGCAAACGAAUGUAGAAUUGGGAUACUUGAUGUGAAAUUCGUUUUUUGUUGGCCUGGUGGAUAAAAUGCCCAUUAUUUCCUCAUCUGGAUGACAAGCUCGCUGAUAAACGCUAUCAGCUGUUAUAUCUUGAUCUCCUGUCCAGUCCUUCAGGAAUGUUCCUCUGAGUCUUUUUCAUCCCCGCUUACUUGUAUUGAUCAAAAAUGUAGGAUGUAGACUUUCGCCCAGAUGCCACCUUGCAAGGAUGCGCUGAAAUGCUUCCUGUACGUGAACUGUGGAUGGGAACGCCGUCAAGAGAAACUUCCAUGAAGAUUUGAAACUAGAUGAGAUUUUACAGCCUCGUUGAAAGACUGAAAGUGGUGCAAGCUAUUUUAACCAAAGCAUGCUGGGACAUUGUGCCUGGGCGACACUGCUGGCGUAAGCGGGACGUUACUUCAGAAAAUUUGGUGGCCACCUUAUUCCAAUGCCCACUAAACUAUUCGGAAGCACUCCUGGUGUUCACGCUUAAAAGACUUGUUGGUAUCGAAAUGGUUUUCUAUUCUGUAAAAAAGAAUGGUUAUAUUUUAUUCUCCUACAGAACAUCCUAACGUUUGUGUAGUGUUUCAAUCACGGAUGUUAUCUUUUGAUGCAGGGCUAAGGAAACGACAUGUCAAGUGCCAUAGACCCUGAACUGUCACAAUGGGUUCGACCCAGAGCAAUACUCACUGAUCUACGCCGUGUAUUCAGUGGCCUUAUCGGGCUGACGUAUGACACAGUGGGCGUAAGAGCAAUAGAAAGUCAUUUAAUUCCAUUCGCAAGAUGCAGUCGGCUACGUUUUUUAUAAUAAAGAAAACUCAUUUAGUAUUUCUUGAUUGAUACAGCAUUUUAUAUUGUAAAUCUUUGAUGAGAACAUAGGAAACGGCAAAAAAAAAUAGUUUGUAAAGUCUAAACAAUGUGAGAAUGAAUGUCUUGUCGUGUCCUCCUCCAUUAGCGAUUGCACUGCUGUUUUCGAAAAGACCUACAAGAUUAUCGUCACCAGUGUAUGUGAAUACAAUGACAUCAGCUUCCUUGGUUGUAAAAAAUAAUUGGAAAAGCUACAAAGAUUUGUAAAAUGUUAAUUGUAAUGUUUGUAUUUGAUGAAGUAGGCCACGAAUGCUUUUUCCAAUGUGUACACGCAACGAGAACGGCAAACUUUUGAUCAUUGUACUUCGCUUAUUUGCAUGACAUUUUGAUUGUUUUACACUGUAUUCUUCGCUAGACUGGAGCGCUAAAUGAAUUGAAGUAAUCAGAUUAACGCAUACUGACAAUGUGACAAAUCCACAAUUUACACGGAUGUGAAAGAGCACUGUCACCACAUUUUUCAAGACCUCUUUUUAAUUUAAAUACUUUUCAUGCAAAUCAUUUUUAAAUCAUUUUCCGAUUAGUCCAAAUUUUUUUAUUUUGUAGUAUUGAUGCUGUGCACCCAAAGUAUGUCAUGAUGCUAUCAGUUAACAUUGCUUUCGAAUUGCAAAUGAAUUUGCCACAUUUUAAUUUAGUCAUAAAAACAAAACCAAGUUAACUGUGAAAUGAUUCUGAUGUCACAAUACGUUUAUUAUUUUUUUUGUGGAUGCAUUUUGUCAUGAAUCAGUCUGGUGUAGAUCAAUUUGACUGUCAUGCUUUUUGUUUCGUCUGCAAAAAUGUAAUUUUACUCUAUCAAAAAGGUUGUUUUUUUAUUGUCCCACCUUUUAUUUAUUUAGAACAACACCUUUUUAGUGAUUACUAAUCAAAAUGUAAAUACUUUUUAAAAGGAUUGAUUUAUUCAUGGCAUUAGUGAUUGUUUUAAAACCAGCAAUAAUUUGCAUCACAAAGCAGCCCUUUUAAUGUAUAGCUAUUUCGAAGGUUUCUCUGGAAGCGGCUACUAUUAAAACGAUUGGUAUGCAUUUAUUCAACAUUCCAGAUUUUGUAAAUAAUUUUGCUUUCCAUGAUGGUCUCUGGAAAGAAUAAAUCAACUAAUGCUCUUUCAAAAAG